GCCAGCACUCGAAGACUACGCGCUAUCGCAGUCCCAGUCGUCGCAGGAGCUUGGAAAAAUAUGGCCUCCCCUUGUUUGACCCGAUAACUCCUUUUGCCUUCUUUUUCUACGCUUGAUUAAACCCUAUUUUUCUUCCUUUUUUUCUUUGGCUUCUUUCCUCGCUUCUUCUUAAGCUUCUUUUUUCUGAGGCUUUUAGUAGUUGAAAUUAUGUUAUGCUCUUGAUGAUGAUGAUGGCGGUACUUAUUCUUCAUUUUCACCUGGAAAGAUCGAUGCUUGCUCGUUGUUUUGAAUUCCCUUUGUUGGUUCUUUGAUGUUGUUCUUCCAGGCCUCCUGGGAUCUCAGGGUUUGAUGUUGUAAGGACUUUGCUUUUGCGAGUUCAGUGAGUGCAAGUUUGUUGUACAAUAAUUAGCUGUUAGUUAGUUAUAGAUUUUGGUGGGUUCUUUUCAAUAGACAUGGAGUUAAAGAGUUAUUCUUUUAAUGGGUUUUCUCUAUGGAUAUUACUUAGUUGUAGUUUGAGCUAUGCUACUGAGCAAGAUAUUGCUUGCUUGAAAAGUAUACAAACUUCACUUGAGGACCCUUAUAAUUACUUGACUGCUUCCUGGAACUUUAACAAUAAUACGGAAGGAUACAUUUGUAAGUUUGCUGGGGUCGAGUGUUGGCACCCUGACGAGAAUAAGGUUUUGAAUCUCCGCCUUUCGGAUAUGGGACUCAAGGGCAAGUUUCCUCCUGGCAUUGUGAAUUGCUCGAGUAUGACUGGGUUAGAUCUUUCAAGCAACAAUCUCUCUGGAAGUCUUCCAGAAAAUAUUUCUCAUUUUGUUGGGUUUUUGACUUCUCUUGAUCUCUCAUCGAAUAAGUUCUCAGGGAAUAUUCCGGUGAAUCUUGCUAACUGUACCUAUUUGAACACCCUGAAACUGGACCACAACCAGUUCACAGGUCAAAUUCCUGCACAAUUAGGGCAGCUUGAUCGGCUGAAAACAUUUAGUGUCGCUAAUAACCAGCUUACCGGGCAGAUUCCACAGUUUACCAAGUAUGGUGCUAAGUCAGAAGAUUUUGCAAGUAAUCUAGGACUCUGUGGGUACCCAUUGAAGACGUCUUGCCCGUCAGCUUCAAAGGAGAUUCACACUGGAGUUAUUGCUGGGGCAGCAAUUGGUGGAGUGACUUUUGCUGCGAUAGUUGUGGCUAUUUGUCUCUUCUUCUAUUACCGUAGAUAUGCUGUGAAGAAGAAGAAGGAUGAUGAUCCUGAAGGAAAUAAAUGGGCAAAGAGCUUGACAGGAGCAAAAGGCAUUAAGGUUUCCAUGUUUGAGAAGUCAGUUACAAAAAUGAGAUUAAGUGAUCUCAUGAAGGCUACUAACAACUUCAGCAAAAGUAAUAUUAUUGGGUCAGGAAGAACUGGGACAAUGUACAAAGCAGUGCUUGAAGAUGGCUCUUCACUUAUGAUCAAGAGGUUGCAGGAUUCUCAGCGUUCUGAGAAAGAAUUUCUAUCUGAGAUGGCUACUUUGGGGAGUGUGAAACAUCAUAAUUUGGUUCCUCUUUUGGGCUUUUGCAUGGCUAAACAGGAGAGGCUUUUGGUUUAUAAGCACAUGGCCAAUGGUACCCUGUAUGAUAAUUUACAUCCUGCUGAUGAUGGAGGCAAGCCUCUGGAGUGGUCCCUGAGGCUCAAAAUAGCUAUAGGGGCAGCCAGAGGAUUUGCUUGGCUACAUCAUAACUGCAAUCCCCGUAUCAUUCACCGAAAUAUUAGCUCUAAAUGCAUUUUAUUAGAUGCAGAAUUUGAGCCUAAAAUAUCUGAUUUUGGCCUUGCUAGGCUCAUGAACCCAAUCGAUACGCAUUUGAGUACCUUUGUGAAUGGAGAGUUUGGGGAUUUGGGUUAUGUUGCUCCAGAGUAUACACGAACUCUCGUAGCCACACCAAAGGGUGAUGUUUACAGCUUUGGAACCGUGCUUCUUGAGUUGGUGACUGGCGAGAAACCUACCCAUGUGGCUAAAGCUCCUGAAACCUUUAAGGGAAAUCUGGUGGAAUGGAUGUCACAGCUGUCAAAGAGUGGUCAACUCCGAGAUGCUAUUGACAAGUCAUUGCUUGGGAAGGGUGUUGAUAACGAGCUUUUCCAGUUUCUUAAAGUUGCAUGUAACUGUGUCCUUCCAGAGGUUCCCAAGGAGAGGCCUACCAUGUUUGAACUAUACCAGUUUCUAAGAGCUAUAGGGGAGCCCUACAAUUUUACCAUUGAGGAUCAGAUUUUGAUUCCCUCUGACAUCGAUGGUGCUGAUCACAUCGAAGAACUUAUUGUUGCACGAGAGGAUACACAAUAAUUGACAAAAGGUAUGACACACGUAGUGGUGUUUGUUGUAAUUUAUAUGUAACUAUCUAUUGUGCACUAUCUAAAUAAAUGUUAAUAUUACAUAUAGUGUUGAUGGUUUAGUUGCUAGUAUGACAUUUCAGUAUUGAUAAUAUGAUACAUCGCUGAAAUGGCAUCAAUAUGUAGUCUCCACCGCCAACAUUUAUUGGCUGUAUCUCUAGUCUUUAUCACAGCUUUCCUUUGAUUCCCUGGGGAUUUAUUUAAUGGUAUUUUACCUAUUCUGCA